GGUUAGCAUGUGCUGGUCCGGGGAAUGGGAGCACUGGGAGGACUGGGAAUAUCUGGACACGCAGAGCGAUCCGGGCGGGCUGUCGGUUCUGGAGCAGCUCGGUUUGGACAACAGUUCUGAUUUCUCCGACUCGAGCGUGCAGCAGCGUUUGGAUGAGCAGAGGGAGCGGAUCCGUAGAGAGAUCCGGAAAGAGCUGAAGAUCAAAGAAGGGGCGGAGAACCUCCGGCGGGCCACCACCGACAAGAGAAAUGCCCAACAGGUGGAGAACCAACUGCGGAGCUCCAACCGUCGGCUGGACUCCCUCCACGCCCAGUUACAGGAGCUGGACGCUCACAUCGUCGUCAAGGGUACGGACGACACGCGAGGGUUCUACGACGAUGUCCCACAAUCCCCUGGGGCAGAGAGCCGUUUGUCGGCACACCAGGAGCGGAUUGCAGCUUUGGAGAGACAGCUCAACAUUGAGCUGAAGGUCAAACAGGGGGCAGAGAACAUGAUCCCGAUCUAUGCCAAUGGCUCCACCAAGGAUAAGAAACUACUCCAGACGGCACAGCAGAUGCUCCAGGACAGCAAGACCAAAAUCGACAUCAUACGAAUGCAGAUCCGCAAAGCCAUGCAGGCCUACGAACACACCGACGACACACAGGGUAAGCCUGACCCGUGUGGUAUCGAGCUGCGGAUAGAGGAGUUGCGGCAUCAUUACCGCGUGGAGCACGCCGUGGCUGAGGGGGCCAAGAACGUCCUGAGGCUCCUGGGGGCCAACAAGGUCCAGGACAAAAAGGCCAUGUCAGAGGCUCAGUGUCGGUUGAGUGAGUCUUCUCAGAGGCUGGACUUGCUCAGGGUGUCCCUGGACCAGCGUUUGGCCGAGCUACCCGAGGAUCACCCCAAAGCCUGUCUGAUAAAAGAAGAGCUGGUUUUAGCCUCCUCUCCCACCUUCAGCACUCGUCACGGCGCCCCCUACCUGCACAACCAGUACAGCACGCUCAGCAAACCUUCCCCACUCACAGGUACGUUGCAGGUGACAUUGCUGGGUUGCGUGGGGGUGUUAGAGGUGGUCCCAGGCCGUGCCCGGGGGUCUCAUGUGGUGUUGCCGUGUUACAGUCCUGGGGAGGGACGGUCCUUCAUGCGCGGCAGCAAGAGCCUUUACGGCCGCAGCGGCAGUGUGAGCGGGAAAACACCCUGCAAGACAGACGAACUCUCCUCUGAAGUGAGUGCUGUGCUGAAACUGGAUAAUUCAGUUGUUGGACAGACGGCCUGGAAGACAGUAGGGGAACAGGCCUGGGAUCAGACCUUCACUGUAGAACUAGAGAGGUCCAGAGAGAUGGAGAUUGCUGUGUAUUGGAGAGAUUAUCGUUCUCUGUGUGCGCUGAAGUUUCUGAAGUUGGAGGAUUUCCUGGACAACCAGAAACACAGAGUCCAGCUGGAGCUCGAACCACAGGGCCUACUGCUGGCAGAGGUGACAUUCUUUAACCCAGUCAUUGAGAGAGUGCCUCGUCUGAAGAGACAGAGGAAGGUCUUCUCCAAACAACAGGGUAAAGCAUUCCUACGCGCCCGACAGAUGAACGUGGAUAUCGGCACCUGGGUGCGGCUGCUAAGAAACGCAAUCCCCACCGUCAAUAACACAGGAACCUACAGUCCUAAUGCGCACACACUACAUUCUGGGGAGAUUUCGGUGGAGAAGCUGAGUCUGGACUGUGACUCUCCCAUGAGAGUGGACAUCAGGAGGGACAUGACCGACAUACACACUCCAGAGCGGUCUCCAGGUAUAGAGCCGAUGCCUUCUCCAGAUGUCACUCCUGACCGACCUGGCAGAACAGCCUCUCAGAGUUCACAUCACAGUAAACAGAAGAAGACUCCAUUGGGUCUACAGGAUUUCAGGUUAAUCGCAGUUCUGGGCAGAGGACACUUUGGAAAGGUCCUGUUGGCUGAGUAUAAGAAGACAGGCACCAUGUAUGCAAUCAAAGCCCUGAAGAAGGGGGAUAUAGUGACCAGGGAUGAGGUCGAGAGUCUGAUGUGUGAGAAGAGAAUCUUUGAGACGGUUAACAGUUCUCGACACCCGUUCCUGGUGAACCUGUUUGCGUGUUUCCAGACUCCAGAACACGUGUGUUUUGUGAUGGAGUACACAGCUGGGGGAGACCUAAUGAUGCACAUCCACACGGAUGUCUUCACCGAACCACGAGCCAUGUUUUAUGCCGCCUGUGUGGUUUUAGGGCUGCAGUUUCUACACGACCAUAAGAUUGUAUACCGGGACCUCAAGUUGGAUAACCUGCUGCUUGAUAUGGAGGGCUAUGUUAAGAUUGCUGAUUUCGGAUUAUGUAAAGAAGGCAUGGGAUAUGGAGACAGGACCAGUACGUUCUGUGGAACCCCCGAGUUCCUGGCACCAGAAGUCCUGACUGACACGUCAUACACCAGAGCCGUGGACUGGUGGGGUCUGGGUGUGCUCAUCUACGAGAUGCUGGUGGGAGAGUCUCCAUUCCCAGGUGAUGAUGAAGAGGAGGUGUUUGACAGCAUUGUGAAUGAUGAAGUCCGUUACCCACGAUUCCUUUCUUCAGAGGCAAUCGGCAUCAUGAGGAGGCUACUGAGAAGAAAUCCAGAGAGAAGGCUGGGCUCCAGUGAGAAAGAUGCGGAGGAUGUCAAGAAACAACCUUUCUUCAGGACAAUGGACUGGGAGGCUCUUCUCUUAAGGAAGCUCCCCCCUCCGUUCCUGCCGACCGUUGGAGGGAAAGAGGAUGUCAGUAACUUUGACGAGGAGUUUACGACGGAGGCCCCUACUCUCACCCCCCCUCGGGAGCCGCGCCUCCUCACGCGGAAGGACCAGGACAGCUUCCGAGACUUCGACUACGUCUCCGACCUCUGCUAACUGUCGAGCAGGGAAGUCUCUGGGAGCUUUUUUUUUAGUUCAUCUGUCACUGCCAGGAGAGGAGAUUUGACCAAUGGGAGAGCCAUACGCCCGACUAGAGAGCAGACGGUCUGCCCCUCCGCCUUGACGUAAUGAGAAGGACAAAUUGUGAUUAACCUAUCAGAGUAAGACUACACAACAGACCGCUGUGUUUCUAUGCUGUGACGGCAGGAAGAGGAUUCAGAGGGAGUGACAAACAUAUUGACACUGAGAAACAGUUUGAAGAGUGAGAAAGAG